AAAUCAUGUAAAGGCGGCUAGACGCCGUGCAAAAUGUCAAACACACAAAAAAAACCCAUCAGCGCCGCAUCACGCUUUAGGCAGAAAUAUAUUCAUUCAAUUUCUUUAAAUGGCGCUUGCGAAACCGAAAUCCGAGCUUACUCCCGAGGAGCUGGCGCGCCAGGAGGAGGAAGAGUUCAAUACCGGCCCACUGUCCGUGCUAACGCAGUCGGUGAAAAACAACACGCAGGUACUGAUAAACUGCCGCAACAACAAAAAGCUGCUGGGGCGCGUGAAAGCGUUUGAUCGCCACUGCAACAUGGUGCUGGAAAACGUGAAGGAAAUGUGGACGGAAAUCCCGCGCACCGGCAAGGGCAAGAAGAAGGUGAAGCCCGUCAACAAGGACCGGUUCAUCUCGAAGAUGUUUCUCCGGGGCGAUUCGGUGAUUCUUGUCCUGCGCAACCCACAAGCAACAGCGGCCGGCAAGUGAACCCAGAGUUUACGCGCGCAAACCCAAAUAAAUCUACACUAGCUUAAGUAAUUUCGUACAA